AGAUUGUUGCAGGAUCUCCAAAAAAUCAAUGCAGUAAUGGAAAGUAUGGGGGCAUUGCAGCCUGGUAUGCCCUCACUCAUCAUGAUUCCAGCAGAGUGGGAAAUCCUGAUGAUUGAUUUAAAAGAUUGCUUUUUCACUAUUCCUUUACAUCCUGAUGACAAGCCAAAAUUUGCCUUUACUGUGCCUGCAGUUAACAAUGCCGAACCUGCAAAGAGCUAUCAAUGGAAGGUUCUACCUCAGGGCAUGAAGAACAGCCCAACUAUCUGCCAAUGGUAUGUUGCUCAAGCUUUGUCCGGAAUCCGUGAGCAGUUUCCUGAGGCAUACUGCUACCAUUACAUGGAUGAUAUCCUGGUGGCAGCAUCCACCCAGGAUGAGCUGCUAAGGAUACAGCCUUGGCUGCUCGGUGCUCUGCAUUCUUAUGGAUUGCAAGUGGCUCCAGAGAAAGUUCAACAGCAUCCUCUUUGGAAAUAUUUAGGAGGCAAAAUUCCGGAUCAAACUAUACAACACCAAGAAGUGCAAUUCUUGUGUUCUAUUAAGACCUUGAAUGAUGCUCAGAAACUGCUGGCUAUGUGGGCGUCUGCUCAUACCGGGGAGAAAAGUCGUGAUGUCAUUGCCCAUUGGAAACUCGCUUUUGCGGUCUUGGGCGUGCCUUUUUCUGUGAAAACCGAUAAUGGCCCGGCCUACGUCUCACAGAAGACGCGGCAGGUUUUAACCCUAUGGGGUGUAAAUCAUGCUUUGGGGAUACUGGCCAAGCCAUUGUUGAACGCCCUCAUGUCUUCAGGCGAGACACACCUGCCUCGAGCGAAAGUCUGGGUACGGGACCUACUCACUAAAGAGUGGAAAGGCCCGUGUGAGCUUAUUGCUUGGGGUCGUGGGUAUGCUUGCGUUUCCACAGAUACUGGGGUACAAUGGCUACCCGCAAGAUGCGUUUGCCCUGACCUGAGGCACCAGAAGCAGAACAAGCAACCUUCAAAUGAUGGCCAGAAUGUGGAUCAUCAAUCAAAUGAUCCUUCUGAUGGAGAUAAUGAUAGAGAUGUCGACCAUCAGCCUGGUCCUUCUACAAGUAGAGACUGA